AUGUCUUUCACCUAUGACCCCGAGACCAAGGAAUGCAAGACGUUUACAAAGUUGAUCUGCCAAAAUGACAACGCACCAAAAUCACCAAACGUUUUGAUGUUUGCGAAGUUGGGACUGGAGACAAACAAUAAUGCUAUCGAUUGUAGUGACGUGAACCCGGCUGUCCACUGCUCAGGCAUCUACCGUAUUACGCCGAAACCGGGAGUCAGCUUCGACGUGUACUGUGACAUGGACACGGAAAACGGACCCUGGACGGUGAUACAAAACAGACAGAAUGGUGAGGAGGAGUUCUAUAGGCCUUGGACUGACUACAAAAAUGGCUUUGGUAAUUUACGAGGAAAUUUUUGGCUUGGAAAUGACGCGAUUCACCAUAUCACCGUCCCAGAGUCCAACCUCCGCAUCGAAUUGGUCACAUGGCUAGGUGAUUUUGGUUAUGCUCAGUAUUCAACAUUCAGAGUUGGGAACGAGACCGCAAAUUACAGACUUACUGUAUCAGGAUUCUCCGGUAACCUCACGUAUGAUUGUAUGGCAUUUCAUAACGGGAUGAUGUUUUCGACAUACGACAGGGAUAACGAUUUUUCAACACGUCACUGUGCUUUCGUCUAUAAAGGCGGAUGGUGGUAUAAAUCCUGCUACUGUACCAAUCUGAACGGCGGAGAAUAUAUGCCAGGUCAUGGUAACACAAAAUCACUUGUCUGGCAUUCAUUUUACCCGGGUAUCAGAUACACUCAUAUGAUGACGACAAGGAUGCUUGUAAAACGCUUACGUGAACUGAACUGA